ACUCCGACCCCAAAUAUCUAACGGUCCAAACCGCAUCUCUUCCCUCUUUUAAUUCCUCUCUCUUUUCUUUCCCAUUUCGCCUAUUCACAAACCCCUCCCCACUAUAUUUCUCUCUCUCCUUCUCUCUCUCUCUCUCUCUCUCGCUUUCGUUUUCCAAUCACAUUCCCACAGGUAAUACAAGAUGGCAGAUGCUGAGGACAUUCAGCCGCUCGUGUGCGACAAUGGGACAGGAAUGGUUAAGGCUGGAUUUGCCGGAGAUGAUGCCCCACGAGCUGUGUUCCCUAGUAUUGUAGGCCGCCCCCGUCACACUGGUGUGAUGGUUGGAAUGGGCCAGAAAGAUGCAUAUGUUGGUGACGAAGCUCAGUCCAAGAGAGGUAUUUUAACUCUCAAAUACCCAAUUGAGCAUGGUAUUGUGAGCAACUGGGAUGAUAUGGAAAAGAUUUGGCAUCACACCUUCUACAACGAGCUUCGUGUUGCCCCAGAAGAGCACCCUGUUCUUCUAACUGAGGCUCCUCUUAACCCUAAAGCUAAUCGUGAGAAGAUGACCCAAAUCAUGUUUGAGACCUUUAACACUCCUGCUAUGUAUGUAGCCAUUCAAGCUGUUCUUUCCUUGUAUGCAAGUGGUCGUACAACUGGAAUUGUGUUGGACUCUGGUGAUGGUGUCAGUCAUACAGUUCCCAUAUAUGAGGGGUAUGCCCUCCCACAUGCCAUUCUUCGUCUAGACCUGGCUGGCCGUGACCUCACAGAUCACUUGAUGAAAAUUCUUACUGAGCGUGGGUAUUCUUUCACCACCACAGCCGAGCGGGAAAUUGUGAGGGACAUGAAGGAAAAGCUGGCUUACAUUGCGCUUGACUAUGAGCAGGAGAUUGAGACCUCCAAGACCAGCUCUUCAGUUGAGAAGAGCUAUGAGUUACCAGAUGGACAGGUCAUCACCAUUGGUGCUGAGCGGUUCAGAUGCCCUGAGGUUCUGUUCCAACCAUCCAUGAUCGGAAUGGAAGCAGCAGGCAUUCACGAGACCACAUAUAACUCCAUCAUGAAGUGUGAUGUUGAUAUCAGGAAGGACCUGUAUGGAAACAUUGUCCUCUCAGGUGGUUCAACCAUGUUCCCAGGUAUUGCUGAUAGAAUGAGCAAGGAAAUCUCUGCUCUUGCCCCAAGCAGUAUGAAGAUCAAGGUGGUGGCUCCACCCGAGAGGAAGUACAGUGUCUGGAUUGGAGGAUCUAUCUUGGCAUCACUUAGCACCUUCCAGCAGAUGUGGAUCGCAAAGGCAGAGUAUGAUGAAUCCGGGCCAUCAAUUGUGCAUAGGAAAUGCUUCUAAAUGUUCGAGAAUAGGAUCUUUGAAGAAACAAAGUUCUGUUUUUAUUUCUCAGAACAAAGUGCUGCUUGCGCUUGCAACUCUUUGUUCUAGCUUUGUUAUCAUUUUAUGUUAUUCUCAUGUUGGAGUGAUGACUUUUUUGGAAGGCGAGGAGUUGAAUUUGAAAAAAUUGUCCAUUUCUUAUUUAUUAUAUAUUUUGAGAAGUUUUUUACUCC